AUAAAAUCCGUUAAAAACGGUUUGGUUUGGACCAAACCUUUUAUAAAUUAAAACAAUUUAAAAAAAAAAAAAUGAAAAAGAAAGCUUCAAAGGGUUUGUUCUAUAUCCACUCUCUACGCCGUGUUCUUCUUCUAAGACAUAUGUAUCUUCCAUUUUCAAUGUUUACGUCGAUCUCAAAACACAAACAAAUUGAUAAACCAAGUUGAUAGAAAAGAAAGAUGAUGGAUGCGACGUCAGAAUCCGAAAGAACAAGCUUGGACCUAUCGAUUUCAUCACCUAAACCUGCUUACUACGUAGAAAGCCCUUCAAGUGUGUCCCAAUUAGACGAUGGUGAGAAAUCCUCAUCCUCUACUUCGCUUAUUCAGGUUCAUACUCCAAACUACACCAUUCUCAGUGAGUCACGUCUCUCCUCUUCGAGCCGUACCUCCAAUGGAACAAGCGGUAUGGGAUUCCGAUGGAAAGGAAGCUCCCGGAGAAGUAAUAUGUAUUGGCCGGAGAAGCCUUACACGAUUAAUGAAGAUGAAGUUUAUGAUGAUAACAGAGGAUUAUCGGUGGGACAAUGCAGAGCUGUUUUGGUAAUAUUAGGUACUGUGGUUGUGUUCUCUGUUUUCUGCUCUGUUUUGUGGGGAGCUUCUCAUCCUUUCUCUCCUAUUGUCUCUGUCAAGAGCUUUAACAUCCAUAGCUUUUAUUACGGAGAAGGAAUAGACAGAACAGGAGUUGCUACCAAGAUUCUGAGCUUUAACAGCUCGGUGAAGGUGACAAUAGAUAGUCCUGCGCCUUACUUUGGCAUCCAUGUCUCUUCUUCUACCUUCAAACUCACCUUCUCUGCUCUCACACUCGCCACUGGUCAGCUUAAGAGCUAUUACCAGCCAAGAAAGAGCAAGCACAUAGCCAUUGUAAAGCUCACUGGCGCCGAAGUUCCUUUGUAUGGAGCAGGACCACACUUAGCUGCCUCUGACAAGAAGGGAAAAGUUCCAGUGAAGUUGGAGUUUGAGAUCCGAUCGCGAGGUAAUUUAUUGGGGAAGCUGGUCAAGUCGAAGCACGUGAAUCACGUAUCAUGCUCUUUCUUCAUCUCCUCCUCCAAGACUUCCAAACCCAUAGAAUUCAGUCAUAAGACCUGUAAACUUGUUACCAAGUAAACAAUUUUUCACUACCUCUCCAUUUUGCAAAUAAGAAUUUCUUGUUUUCUCAUUAAUCUGCAAUCCAAUUCAAAUGUGCAACUCUCUCCUUCAUAGAAAGGUACAUUGUUUUCAUUUUUA